CCCGAGGCGGGGAGAGCGCUCCCUCAAUGAGGAGGCGGACGGGGGGAGUUGCCUUCACGGAUGUGUGCCCCUCUGCGGCUCGGUACACGGAGGUGUGCGGUUCUCUCUGUGUGUGUGUGGGUGGGUGUGAGUGUGUGAGUGUGUGUGUGUUCCAGCCUUUGUAUCUGCUCGGAGGAGAGAACCCACACCACUUCUUUGGAUGCAAUCAUGCCACGAGCGCCGUGUCUUGCCACGAGAGCAUCAUCUGAAUAAUACAAGCUGUUAUAAUCCACGCAGGCGACAAAAGGACAUUAAGGAAUAAAGCUAUGGGUGGGCAGAUAACGAGAAAUGCCUUGUACGACUCCCUUGGCGGCCCGUUCCCGUCCACGUCACACCGAUGUCACCACAAAUCCAAGAGGUGUCUGCCCAUCCAGUGCGGCAGCGUCGGCGGACCUUUCCCGGUCAGCCCGCUCCUUUUCCAUCCCAACACCAAGGGAUCCCAAAUAGUCAUGGACCUGGCCCAGAAGACUGUCAAGAGGCAGGCCAGCUUCUGCAACGCCAUCACCUUCAGCAACAGGCCCAUCGCGCUGUACGAGCAAGUCCGCCUUAAGAUCACUAAAAAGCAGUGCUGCUGGAGUGGAGCUCUGCGUCUGGGCUUCACCUCCAAAGACCCCUCCAGGAUAAACCCCGACAACCUGCCGAAGUACGCCUGUCCCGAUCUGGUAUCCCAGAGCGGCUUCUGGGCCAAAGCCCUGCCCGAAGAGUUUGCCAACGAGGGAAACAUCAUCGCCUUCUGGGUCGACAAGAAGGGCAGGGUGUUCUACCGCAUUAACGAGUCCAGUCCCAUGCUGUUCUUCAGCGGAGUCCGGACAGCGGAGCCGCUCUGGGCCCUCAUUGAUGUUUACGGUCUGACCCGCGGAGUCCAGCUGCUAGACAGUGAGAUCGUUCCUCCGGACUGUCUGCGCCCACGCUCCUUCACCACGGUGCGCUCCUCCUCCCUGCGCCGCGAGGCCGACGACUCCCGCCUCUCUGUCAGCCUGUGCGAUCUCAACCUGCAGCAGGAGGACCGAGGCCCCGUCCACUCUCACCGCCACACGCUGCACCUGGCCUCGGCGUCCUCCUCCUCCACCUGCCCCAUUCCCCAGAAUUCCCUGAACUCGCAGCAGUCCUCCCUGCUGCCGUCGGCCCUGGAGAGCGACCUGCACUUCCACCAGCUGCGCGGCGCCCACAUCAAGACGCUGGAUGAGCAGACGGUGGCCCGGUCUGAGCACGCCCGGGAGGAACGGACGCUGGUCUUCACCAACCGGCCCCUGCGCACCGGAGAGACCGUCUUCAUCAAGGUCACCAAGUCCAGCCCGGUGCGCUCGGGCUCGCUGUCGUACGGCGUGACCUCCUGCGACCCAGCGGUGCUGCGCCCCAGCGACCUGCCUUACAACCCUGAGGCUCUGGUGGACAGGAAGGAGUUCUGGGCCGUGUGCCGCGUGCCGACGCCUCUGCAGAGCAGCGACAUCCUGGGCUUCCUGGUCAACCAGGAAGGGGAAGUCAUCCUCAGCCACAACGGCACCAACGUGGGGAUGCAGGUGUGCGUGGACAACUCACGCCCCCUCUGGAUGUUCUUCGGCCUGCACGGAGCUGUGACGCAGCUGAGGAUUCUGGGCUCCACUCACGUCGGGGACCCACGGGCCACGUCCAACCCCGGCUCGCCCUCCUCCUCCCCACACACGCCCAGCGCCCUGGGGAGCGGCAUCUCCGAUCCGGUCCUGAACGGAGGCUUGUGUUCGGCCGCCUACUGCAGCUCAGCGGGAGGAACGACGCCCAGCUCCCCGGUCAGCCUCCCCAAGUCUCCCACGUUCCCGUCGGGCCGAGGCCCCUGGGCCGACGAGUGCUCCAUCUGCUAUGAGAACGCCGUGGACUCGGUCAUCUACACCUGCGGACACAUGUGUCUCUGCUACGCCUGCGGCCUCAAGCUGAAGAAGAUGUCCAACGCCUGCUGUCCCAUCUGCAGGAGACAGAUCAAAGACAUCAUCAAGACGUAUCGCAGCACAUAAAGAGCGCCUCAGUCUGACCAACAGUCACAGUCGGUGACGUUCAGGGACUUUGUUCUCCUCCUCUGGAAUUGGAGAAAGCUUUCAGUGAGGAAGAAGCUGAACUCAUCUCGUCUUGGAGCCUUUAGCUGUGAUUUGGGCCUGUUUGUGCCGAAGCUACCGACUCAGUUUGGGGCUGAAUGUGUUGACGGCUCCUCCACAUGUUGACUGACGCUCUGCUUGGUGAAGCACGCCUGCUGCACGUCAUCCUCAGUACGUCACAACUUGUGUCUGUGUGAUACUGGGUGCAGCUCGGCUGCUUUACCGUGAUAUUUGGUGUUAGAGAAGCCCAGCGGUGCUGAGUCUCCAGUAGGAUUGUAACCUCUCUUUUACUCGUAUAAUCUAACGUACCUUGAUGGUAGUUUUAUUUCAAAUUGUCGGUAGCUCUAUUGUCGUGCUAGCUAGCUGCUUGUUCUGCAGUGUGGUGUGUCGCACUGAAAUCAGCAUUUAUUGAAACCCAUCUGCUGAAACAAUCUCAAACCUGCAAACUCUGCAGCUCUGAUUUCUUACAGAAAACACAAACUGUCAUUUGGUUACUCCUCAGGACCAGCUGCCAUUUCUGAAUACAAUUUUAUCCAAAUUCUACCUACAAAGUUCUGCCUGACACACUGUGAGUGUUGAAUAUAAAGAAUCCUCCCCAUCCCAAGAGUUAAAGGAUUGUUGCCAUCAGCCUCCUGCCUUAACGCACAGAACCUGUUCUGUGUUCCAAAAACCCCUGAUGGAGAACCAAACGAUGCUGCUGUGUGGCUCAGACUGCCACAGCUGUUCACUCAGAGGAGAAACAAAAAGCACACGAAAUCUAACUAUUUUUGUAGAAACCCAUUUUCCUUAUUGAAUAUUUUAGAUGUAAGAUACACUUUGUGACAAAAGUUUCAUCAGCAGCAGAGAUCCUUUACUGAAAGUUUAGUGGAAGGACAAAAGAAAAGUUCAAAUUGAUUAUUUCUUUAAAUGACUUAUAGCCCUGAAUUUUUUUUUUUGUAUAUAAUUUAUAUUUAUUGUAAAAAGAAAAUGUAGUAAUAAUUCCAAGGUUUACCAGCUCAGGAAACAAAUGAUCAUCCAUUCUGUAGAAAGUCUUAAAUCUGCAUAAAAACAACCUCCCACCAAAAUGGAAACGUUGUGUGUAGAUGGAAAGAAGGAAAGCUGUUGAUCAGAUGCAGUCACGAACUCUUCCAAAAAACUGGAACUUUUGUUGCUCUGGAGUUUUUACAGAUUUUUAGAACAAAGGAUGGAAAAACGUCAGCUCUGAAAAUCAGCUGGUGAGUUUAGAAUGACUGUAAGAUCAUCUCCAAACUGUUUCAUUCUACAGAGAGAAACAUUUUUUAAGUGGACGACGUUCAGGGCAGCUGCCAAUCUUCCCAGGAGUGGACGUCCCGGUGUCCACCCCGAGACAGUCCAAAGGUCAAAGAAGUGACAAAAUAUCGAAGGGCGCCAGCUCAGUCAGCAGCUCAAGCUUCAUAACAGGACAAUUAAAAAAAGCCAAGCAUGUCAUGGCUGGAGCAGCGGAAGGAAAGACGUGUGGAACAAUGUCCUCUGGACGGAUGAGACAAAAGCAGAGAUGUCAUGAACUGCUGUGCAUUUAAAAGUGUUCUGGACUCAAACUGAGGCUGACACUCCGUCCAAACUGGGAAUCAAGGUGUUACAAUGACCUAGUCAAAGUCCAGACCUCCACCUGAUGCAGUGCUGUAGUGAGACCUGAAGAGAGAUGUGCAGAAGUUAACGUCAAAGUGGUUCUGCCAGCUGUUGGAUCAUCUGUGAUCAUCACACACAGCUUUUAAAUUUUGGUUCACCUUUUCUCCUCCAGCCGACCGUAAUGUGGUAGAGGUCAAAGGUCAUCUGGGACCAGAAGAUUAGAAGUUCUAGCAUGUAAGAUGGUAGAAGUGAGAGGACGGGCGGUGCUCUGAACGUAGACCUGCUCACGGCGGCCAUGUUUCGGUUUGGUUUUGUAGAUAAUGAAUUAACGGCUCUGAGUUUUGCUGCGGCUGCCGGGACGUUUCACUCGCCCUCCUCCGACGGUCUGGUUUGAAUUCGCUACUGCUUUAAGAGAUAACCCAACAUUUGAAUGUUAAUUUAUAAGUUUAACGAAAUGUAUUCACUUAAACUGAGGAAAAAGAACCAACUUUUUGUGUUUUUAUUUUUAUAUUUGCUCCUAAGAUUUCUCCUUGUUUUCUUCUUUAUUGAAACCAUGAGAUCAGAAAUGUGUUUGUUUGUACCUGAUGCUGUGGAGAGACGUUUGCAGUACAAUCAAAACCCGAUUUCAGGUGUUUGCUGUAAUUUAUGGUGUUUAUUUAGCCGCAUUAGGGACCCUCACUCCCCGCCUCUGUGUUUAUAGCACUUAUUAUAUCAGUGUAUAGUUAUGGAAAUGUCACUUUAUGAGGCUACUGAUUGUAAUCUUGUAAGUGUUUAGGCCAGCGUUGCUCUCUCCUUAUUCUGUGCAGACCAAAUCAAAAAGCUGCCCUCUGCUUGUUACUUUUUUGGAAUAAAUCCCCAACCUGCAGUCUGUCUGUCAGACAUUGACCUGUAAAAGAUUUUAUACUUUCAGUGUGAUGCUGUUUUUCUUAUCCUUCAUGCACAGAACUCAAGACGCUCCUUGAAUGUUAUGAACCUGUAAUGUAAUAUUUAUUUGUCCAUCACUGACGUGUGGACUGCUUUGGUUCAUGUGUGUUUGCUUUUUUUUUCCUGCAUCUAUUCGAUGUUUAUGGAGCUCGGUUUAGUCACACAGCUGCACAUUUACACUUUCUUUAAAUCUCGCCGUCACGCCUGAGAUGAAACCCUCCUUCUGUUCAACCAGAGUGAACAUUGGGACCAAACGAACUUCAGAGUGGAACGCUGCUGGCGUUCCUGCAGAAAGCUGGAAAAACGAUGUAUAUGCGCUCUGUUUGGUGACACAGAAAUCUGUAUUUUGUUUCCUUUUCAUUUAAAGCGGCAGUGUGAGUUGGAUGAUUGCGGUUAAUAAACUUUCCAGAUGUGUUUGA